GACGCCAUCGCUGCUCUCCCUUGCCGACGAGAUCGCGCCGUGCCUCUGUCGUCUGCACGGUCAUCGCCCAAAGGAUUUGCAGGCGCCACGGAACGCAGACUAAAACUACAACAUCCCGCGUGUUCUUCCAGACGUGAACAUUCUGUUUCUGUGUAGUAAGAGAUGAUGUGACAAAGGAAAAUAUUACAUCUUUUUUCCCUGAGAGGAACUGAAGACUUUUAAGGCCUUAUUGGAUACAAGACGCGCUGACCGCCAUGACGACCAUACACAGGGGAGGCAACCUCGCACGGCAGGCGGUGCUCACUCUGCUCACGUUUCUGGUCGCAAGCGGUUACCUGUUCACAGAAAUAGUCGCAGCAUCAGCGGCUGUGAGGGAACCUGACACAGAGAUCCCACACGGUGACCAGUGGUCAAGCCGGCACCUCCUGUCGGCGGGCGAGGGCCAGUUUCCGUGGCUCGACGAGGGAGCAGACGACACAGACAGUUAUGUCCCUUUACACCGACAGCGCCGCUCCGCGGACAAUUCGACGGGCAGCAAGAGCAUCUGGGAGGAGAUUGAGGUACGGGGCUAGGAUUGUUACAAUCAUCGUCGUAUGCUAGGAUUGUUGCAAUCAUCGUCAUAAGCUAGGAUUGUUGCAAUCAUUUUCAUAAGCUAGGAUUGUUACAAUCAUCUUCAUAAACUAAGAUUGUUACAACCAUUGUCAUAAGCUAGGAUUAUUACAAUAUUCGUUAUAAGCUAGGAUUGUUACAAUCAUCGUCAUAAGCUAGGAUUGUCACAAUCAUUAUCAUACGCUAGGAUUGUUACAACCAUCGUCAUAAGCUAGGAGGGUUACAAUCAUCGUAAUAAGAUAGGAUUAUUACAAUCAUUGUCAUAGGCUAAAAUU